UCGCUAAUGCCUUACUGGUGGAUUCAUAUCCUCCCUUGUUGGGAAGCUCGUUGCUUCUCUUUCAAGGACAUUGUGUUUUGAAGUGGCUUCCACUGUUGCUUAGCGCUCUCGAGUUCCAUGGAUAGAAAUGUAAGGCGUCGCAAGCGCUGCCGGGAAAUGCCCCAGGAUAACAAGAAUGAUCUUUUGCGCCGACGACGGCAGUCUUAUGCUGCGAAGAGAAGAAAGCAGCUCCCUUCCGCUUUAGAUCAUGUGCUUGAGCCUGUUGCCACCUCUCAGGCUGCACCUUUGGUCCAGGUGGAAGCAAGUGUACUUAUUCCUUGUUGUUCUGGCCAGUGUUCGCAUGGUCAAGCUGUUGUUCCUUCCAUUGGCCAGCUUCGUGAAGCACCAGCUUCUCAACCUGUGGAUCAUUCUUUGGCAUGUAUGGCGUCAACCCCCAGCCAGCUUUGCGAAGCAUCAGCUCCUGAAACUAUAGAGCGUGCUUUGUUAUCUACAGUUUCGUCCGGCACAGGUUGUCCAACAGUUUCGUCCGACACAGAUGCUGUUUCAAGCCGGUCUAGCAGACGAAGAAAGCGCACUCCUUCUCGGCUAGACAGGAUUGCUCAAGAAUCCUUGCUACUUUAUUUUCCCUUUAAAUAGAAGUUCGCUAUUUUAAACUUAACC